CAGGAACUCUAUCUAAUACUCUACUGCUACCACGCCGCCGCCGACGACGGGCAGCAAGCAAUAGCUACUGUAGUAGCUAGCAAGCGCGCCGCCAUGGGUGACACGGGCGCGAACAUGGCCCACUGGGCCGGGCUCUACUGCGGCGGGAACGGCACGCCGGCGGCGACGGAGGCGACCGUGGUGACGGCCGCGGCGGCGGGGACGGUGUCGAGCCCGACGUCCGGCGGGUCGAUUGGCAGCCCGACCCGCGCGCAGCCGGGGGUGGAGGGCGGGCGGGUCGCGAAGCCCGCGCGGCGGCGGUCCCGCGCGUCCCGCCGCGCGCCCGUCACGCUGCUCAACACGGACACCUCCAACUUCCGCGCCAUGGUGCAGCAGUUCACCGGCAUCCCGCCCGGCCCCUACGGCCCUGCCGGCGGCGCGGCCGGCGGGCCCGUGAUCAGCUUCGGCUCCGGCGGGGACUACGGCGGCGGCGCCGCGCUGGUGCGCCCGUCGCCGACGUCGGCCGUCAUGUCGUUCGACCACCUGGCGGCGGCGUCGCAGCAGCAGCAGCCGCACCACCGGCCCGCGUCGCUGCAAGGCCAGCUCUUCAGGCCGCAGCAGCAGUACGCCGACGUCGGCUACGGCAUGCACGGCGGCGGCGGGGACAUGCCGCCGCCGUUCCUGCACGGGUUCGAGUCGUCGGCGGAGGACCGGCUGCUGCUGCAGAGUAUCCAGGCGGCGCAGAUGAUGCCCACCCGCCCGUCCUCGACGACUAGCAACAGCCAUGGCUACAACUUCGGCUGAUCGCUCCAUCGAUCUGCCACCUACCAGCUCAACCAAGGUAACAACAACAAUAAUAGAGCCAAGGUCACUUGAUCGGAUCCAGGGGAGAUCAAGAAGCCAUUAGUUUGAUUUGUGAUCAUGGUGCACGGUCGCCGUAGAUCACGAGCUGAUGAUGAUGUGUUCUUGCUUGUCGCUGAUGCUCAAGCAUUAUUUCGUUUUAUUUUUGUUGGCCUUGCUGUGUGAUCAAAGGCCAAUUAAGGUUUGCGCAAUUAGCAGUUUAGCACACAGUAAUUAGCACUACUAGUAGUAGCUUUGCUGCUUUAGAAGGAGUUAAGCUAGGUGCUAGAUGUGAAACGAAGUGCGGAGAAAAGAGGCAUGUAAAUAUAGUUGGUAGUAAAAAGUUGGGCGCGCGUGCGCUUUCGGUGUGUAGUAGAGCAGCUGAUAGUGAGGAAUCUUUCUAGAGAGAGAGAUUGCCUUGGCUCGGAAGCAAAGUCCGAGAGGGCUACUACAUGCUUGUACUGCUGAUCAAUUAUGAAGCCCCGCCGCUAACUGAUUGCACCUUGAUCAAGUGUGGCAUAUACUCCGUAUAUGCUUUAUUUUUCA